ACUGCUGGGUACCAUUACCUGUAUUAGAAGUUAAAUCUCCUUCUGGACACGUGAGGACAAACUAGGCACAGUUUACGUCAAUUACGUUUUGAAUCAAAUCUAAAGUCAAAGUAAAAUCCAACAAUGAAUAAAGGCAAAGGUAAAGCCAGUACUACACACAGACAUCAAAAGCAGAAGCCUGCCUUGCAGAAGAAACACAUUUUCAAAAGCAAAAAAGAUGAGAGCAAUGAGGAUUCAACUGGAACGUCAGAUGAUGAAAUGGAAAAAAACUUCCAGCUGAUACACACAAAAAAUAUUUUGACAAGUGUGGGAUGUAACAGCAAUAGCUGCUCGGAUGAUGAAGUGGACACUGGAGUUAAAGAAAGUAAAUUUAGCUCAGGAUGCGGUAGUGCGGCCAUUGGAAAGAGUGAAGAGGAUGGAGAUUUCGGUAGUAAAUACACAGCUAAUGAGAUGGGACUGUCUGAUACCACGGACAAUGAUGAAAGUGAAGAUGAUGAUGUCUCGGAGUCGAAUCUUUUGGAGAAGCAUUCCAUUUCAGGAACAACUAAUAUGAAAGAACAUGGAGAUAUGGACAUCAAGAAAGAACUUUCAGCAAUGUCAUUUGAAGAAUUAAUCGCAUUCAAAAAUAAAGUUGGGACCAAAGCUUAUGAUCAGGUGGUGCAUGGAACAAAAAACAGCCACGCAAGUGAGAAAAAAAUUAAAAGACUGAACAAAAACCGCCCAAUGGAAAUAUCUGCAAAGAAACCAGUUCCCUUUCUGAGACAAGUAACAGGAUUCAAAAAUAGAACAGCGAGAGAUCCUCGAUUUGAUGACCUUUCAGGAGAAUACAGGCCAGAUAUCUUUGACAAAACAUAUCGCUUCAUUCAUGUAAUAAAAGAAAAAGAGAAAAAGCUUAUAGAGAAUCAACUGAAAAAGAGCAAAGGAACAGAAAAGAAAGAUAAGUUAAAACAUCUUUUAGAAAGAAUGAAAAACCAAGAAAAAGAGAGAGAGAAAAAGCAGACGGAGCAAGAGAAAGAACUGGAAUUUAAGAAGAUACAAAGGGAGCGUGCAAAACAAGGCCAGAAGCCAUUCUUUUUGAAGAAAUCUGACAAGCGUAGAAUGGAUCUGGAAGCUAAAUACGCUCAAUUAAAAAAGAGUGGAAGGCUAGACAAUUUUCUCAGCAAAAAGAGGAAGAGAAACGCCAUAAAGGAUAAGAAAAAACUGCCAUUUGCAAAGAAGGCAAUGUGAUGCUUUUGAUUCCUUGUAGUUAUAUUUUUGUGUGACUUACCCUUCUUGGGAAAUGUUGUAAUUUAAAUGUAAAUAAACUGAAUGUAUUUUA